AUGCAUGAUCACGUUGAAGCACUGCUUCUAAAAUCUUAUAUCGUUGAUAACUGUUCAAACUUAGUCUUCAACACGUGCCUCAUUUCUGCAGCAGUUUACACAGUAUUUGCAGCCAAUUCAGCAGCGGUUCAGGCAUCAACGUUUGCAUUAAUUGGUGAGAGCAGUUUACAGUGGAUGAAGCUUUGCAAUAGAUUCACAAGGUUCUGCACUCAAAUUGCUGGCGCUUUACUGUGUGGUUAUGUUGCAUCUAUAUUCAUGGCUGUGAUAUCGGCCAUGUCUGCUUACAAUCUGUUCAGGUUUUAUUCUUCAAAGCAGUUCCUUUUGUUGAAGGGCAAAUAA